AUGCAGAUCGUUCCUCUUCCCAGCCUCUGUUCCAGGGGAAAUUCGACCCUUUCUGGCGGUGCUGUUUCCGCCUGUGGAUCCUUAGUCCCCUCCUUUCCAGAGGGGCCUCCUGCUUUCAGCAGUUCAGAAAGCCAGCAUGCGCAAGGGGGCGGCGUCAAGGAGGAGGAAGGCGGAGGAGGGGCGAACGCCCCUCCUCCCUCGAAAGCGGGAAGGGAAAAAGGCCGCCAAGCCACUGCGAGCAACCUGAAAGACAGAGCAGCCUUGCUAGAUCCUUGGCAGCAGGCACUCAGCAGCAGCGAUAGCGAGGACUGCGUCAUCAGCAACGUGGUCAGACUGCCUCCCCGCGAAAAAAAGACAGCCGCCGCGCAAACUUGGAGCGCCAUGCGUCUUUUCACAUGGGGGGAGUCUCUCAAGGCUAUGUGGCGCUCUCUCCGACGCUGGAUGCUCUGCAUCUUCAUGGCGGCUUGCAUCGUCACGUGGCUCCAGGGGCCCCCAGAAGGGCCUGUUGGGGGCCCCCUAGGCGAGCGAUUUCCCGCAGGCGACAAUACGGGCUAUAAAGGCUCCACUUGGCGGAAGGACAAGGCGUGCGGAGUCGAGUUGCGCACAACAGACACGGGUAAAAUAUGCUGGCAGGGUAGAAAAGGCAACCCCAACACGCGGGGGGAGAAGGGACCACGAGGGGAAUACCGUGGAGAGGGGCAUAGGGUGUGGCAUGGGGGGUGUGUGUAUGGGGUGUAUGUGCUCUCAGCGUAUGCUGCUUUGCUAAAUCGAGAUAUGAUGCGAUCGCUCGCUCCUGCUUCCUCUGCAGCCUUUUUGGCUCUUUGGGAGUACUUUUUUGCCCCCUAUCGACCGCUGUAUGGAUUGCCUCCUGAGGACGGAGAGGCAGAAGAUGCAAGCGCAGAUGACGGCUUAUUGGGGGGGUCCCUGCUGGCGGGAGAGGGUGAAGCAGCCAGUAUUUCUUCCCCGCUCGACGCGGAGAAGGCGAAGUCUUUGAGGGAGUUCAAGAGGGAGCAAUUCUUCUUGUUUGGUCAUGAGGAAGGCUGUGAUUUUCGCGUGCAGAAGAAAGCCUCGGCCUCUAGCGGUGGCUCAAAUCCUCUCGUCCCCUUGUUUCCUGUUGCCGUUCCGAGGAGGGUUGCGCCUGUUCUCUAUCUGUCGACGGCAGGAGACGCGGCAACGCCGAGGGAGGGGAGGGUGGCUAUAGCAGGAGCAGCAGGGGGCAUGGGAGUAGCAGGAGAAAGUGUACAGGGAGAAGGAAUAGGAGCAGAAGAAAGGGCAGUAACGGAAGAAAGGGCAGUAACGGAAGAAAGGGCAGUAACGGAAGAAAGGGCAGUAACAGAAGGCGUUUCUUGGAACGACAUCGCAUCUGGGGAACCUCGUGUUUUUGAGCAGAAGCUGCCUAGCUCCGGGAGGUUACAGGUUCGCAGAGAUAGGGCAUUGUCUCCGCAGUCCGUUGUUGUAUCGCUUGUGCAUCGCCUCUGUCCGAAGAGAAAUAUGCCGCAGCAUCGCAAGUCGACUACCAUUGUGAGCGGCUUGUGGCACCUGCCACCUCCCGCGCUUGCGCCCUUUAAGAAUGCAGAGGAAUAUAUGCGUCAAUUCAGAACUGGACUUGACCUCUUUCGGGAUCAGGCAGUCGUCUUUUUCACGGACGCGUGGUAUAUGCCUCUUGUGCGUUCUUCCAUCAAGGAGAUGGAAGAUCGUCUGGCGGCAGAAACAGAGGGUGCCCCUUCUGCGCUGCAUUUCUGUGUAAUUCCCCUCGAGUUAGAUCAGCUGCCAUACGCCUCGCUGAGCAGCAGCGUGCGGAUAGCCGCUUCUGCGGCUAUUCGAGACCCUCGUGUGGAUGUCGGCUGGUGGAAUCAUCCGUAUUAUAAUGAGCAGUACUACAUCGUGCAAAGCAGCAAACUCGCGCUGGUAGCCGAGGUUGCGCUGGCGAACCCGUUCCAGUCCGCCUUCUUCAUGUGGCUAGAUCCACCCAAGAGGGAGUACUACCCAACUUCGCCAGCAGGCGUGUCUGGGUUCCUGGAUGGCGAUUUUCUCGAGAAACACGUCAAACGCGGCGCUCUGCUUAUGCAGCAGACACCGCAAAGAAUUCUCGACGGGCCCUGGAGUAUGCCGUGCCAUAAGGGAGUCUUCGGCUCGCACGCCAAGUACCAACCAGGUGUCGUGGGUGGUAUCUUGGGAGGAACCAAAGAAGCUAUCCAGCUCGCUUUUCCAAUAUGGGAUUCAGCUUUGCGGGCUAUCUUGUCGCUUUCCCUUCUGAACGACGAGCAGCACCUCCACACGCUUACUGCAUGCUGGUUUCCAAUGCUCUUCCACGUGGCCCCCUACCAUCCCCAGUGCAAGCCGCACUUUCUCUGCCUCCCCAGUUUGCUGGCUUCGGUGCACCCGCAUGCAGACCACGCAUGGGGCUUGACGGGGUUGGCUUCCCCAUCAGGGAACUUAAAACAUAGAACCGCACGGCAAGACUAUGCUUUCCGCAUCAUCACCGAGACGGACAUCCCAGAAGCUGCCUAUACUGCCCUUGACGAAUUAGCGAAUUAA